AUGUCGAAGAGGGCGCCAUCUCCAAUUCCAGUUCCUCCCGUGGAUGACGAUGUGAGGGAAAAACAAAAGGAAGACCGAAGAAAGUUAUUGGAGUGGUACGGAGACAUCAGACCCGGUCUCAAAGAUAAAGAGAAGGUCACCGCGCACGAAAAGGCUUUAAAAGAGUGGAAAAAAGUCGUGAAUAGAGAAAAAUGGGAAAAUCAUGGGCUGGUUGGUCAUCGCCUUGCGCUGGAUUACCUAGAAGCUGCUGCAACUUAUGAUGUUAAAGGAAAUCGAUCCAAGGAAUCUGCGACAGUAGGAUUUGUUGAGCAAUUUAUCGCUGCACAAUUUCCUGAAAAGCGAUAUGUAACUAAAUCACAGAAAGGAAUCGUUCCGAGACAUGGUCCUGAAAAGCAAGUGGACGAUUUCUUGGCUUACACAAAUGUCCAUUAUCUCGAAACUGGUUUAAUGAUGAUUGAAUCCAAACGACAUCCGGAAGACAAGGAAGAUAUGACAAAAGGUAGGAUGGCUGCGCUGGAGACGCAAGUAGAAGGAUAUUGUCGCCAAUGGUUAGGGGAGUACAAGGAAAUACCCUUUUUAUAUGCUCUUACAUGUGUAUCCACACUUAUGAGAGUGUGGGUUAUGGAAAGACCAAGGUCACGAGAUAUAAGAAAUGCCAAGUUGGUGGGAUUGUGGGAUCCGGAUAAACGGACUUGGGAUGAAUAUAAGGAUGCGGGUUUGGAUUGCGAUGCUGCGGUUUUGAAAACCGCUUUUCGUCUCAUAAAAAGUAAUCCUACAGGCUCGGAUUACGCAAUGACUACAAGCAGUGAUAGUGGGACGGGAGAUGAGAGAGCUGGGGGAAGAUCGAGAACUGCGACUGAGGCUAGAGAUGAGACGGAAAGCGAUAGCAGAAGAAGUGAAAAAACUGAUAGGGAUAGGAGCAGGAAUAGAAAAACUGAUAGAAGCGAUAGAGACAGGAGCGGAGAUAAGAGAGCAGAUACAGCUUCGAAGUCCUCAAAAGACAGCAGGAAGCAAACUGAAGCCUCCGACAGACCAUCUGCACAACAUUCAAGUUCCUCACGCCGUGCUACUGGAGAAAGAAGCAAUCCUCCAUCUGAAAGAGAUAGUCGUCGAAGCGGAACCUCCGACUCAGUAUCCGGUAGGCAUGAAAAGGAGAGACGAAGAUCUCGAGCAAGACGGGAACCACUACCAAGUUCCAGUCCCGAGCUUCCUUACAGAACAUUACCAAAGCCACGACAGAGCGAGCGCCAGGAGAGAGACGAUACAGACAGCAGGUCGCGCAGAUCUGAUGAGCCAUCACGAUCCAGCGGUGGAAAAAACCCGGAAGCGGGAAGUAAAGGAAAAGAAACUGCUACUACAGGAUCGUCAAGAAAGAGAGCCGAUACAACGGAUUCUCUUAGUACUAGAGCACCGGAUUCAUCCGGUAGUGAUCAGAGAUCGCCACCUAAGAAAAGCUCGAGAACGGCAUUGCGAUCUUCGGCUGAUCCUAGGAAGUCCAAGACAGAAAGUUCGAGAAAAUCAGAGCGUAAGCCGGAUGGUGGCUCAAAUGCAAACUAG